AUGGCGCUGGCUGCUCUAGCCCAACCGCUGAAGCCAGCGCAGAAUAAGCAGCAGGCCAACCUGCACACGAUGGAGAUCACAGUGGACAACGUAGUUCUCGAUGGCCCCGACGGAGAGGAGUACCGCGCGUUUCGCGCCGUGGUGGCUGAUGGGAACUCUGCGGCCGCCGGGGCCCCAGCCAAGUUCCAUGGACUCAACGCGUUCACUCCGCGUGCUAUGGAGCAGUUCUCGCUGCCCCCUGUGCCCGCGAAGCACAGCGUCCUCGAAGCCACGUCCGGCAUGCUGCCGCCAGAUACGUCGAAGAACCCCUGCCAGCACAUCUCGUGGGUUUGGAUGCUCGUGGGCUACAGCACCAAGAAGAUGAACGCCAAGACCGCAGCGGACCAUGUCGUGAAAAAGCUGCUCGCGAUCAUCAAGGAGGGCAUGAUCGAGUGCGACAUCACAGUUCCGCCCGUGCAGGGGAAGGGUGGCUGGACUUCCAAGACCGCAAUCGACGGCACCCGCCUGGAGAUGGUGAGGUCGGGAACUAAGCUAGAUGGAGGUAGUUGCGAAAUCUCCGAACAUUUCAACUUCUCCUUCAGGUUGGCCACCGAUCUGAACCCAGCGAUUCGCUCCACCCUGAAGAGCUUCGCAAACAAGUACCAGAAGCUCUUCACCAUCACGGAUGUCUGUCCAACCUCCGCCUUCCCGAACAUGCACAUCACGACCUCGGCUUCCGCAAAUCGGGCCAAGCCCAUGCCCUCGGCCAAGGGCAAGGCGAAAGCAAAGGCGAAGGCAAAGGCGAAGAGCAAAGCAGUCGCGAAGACGGCGCUGAAGCCCAAGCGCAAGUGA